UAUCAAUUUAGUUUGUCUCAAAUCGCCUCAACAAUUAAGGAUGUCCGACUGACCCAUUUAUCAGCGGGGAAUUAUUAUCAAAUUAUCGCCAUCGUGAAUACACAGUAUAGGUUGUCCUCGAUUUUCUUGAUAUAGACAAACAUGACAAUGAUGACCUGAGUUUGGAGUUCAUGGGUUGUUGGACGGGAGACGCGGACUUGAUGUCCUAAGUCGCUAAGAUCUUCAUUAGUGUAACUCGGAACCGGAUACGCGCCUGACUCACUGCGCGCGCUGCGCGGAGAAAAAGUUUUCAGAACUGAUGUCACUUCCAGAAUGCCGUGCCGAAGAGGAGGUGAAUAAUUUUAAUACUCAACGCAAUCAUGGUUUAUCGUGAUAGUUUUUCCAAACUGAAAGAACCCGCUAGUAGAGAAUUUCACAACAAUUUUGAUUAAUAGCUCACAUUCAUGUUAGGAUAAUUUCUUGAUCUCAAAGAUGGAUAACUUUGGAACGGGAGGUGUUUUCAUGCGUUUGAACGUGAUGUGCUGCGCGUGUGGAAGGAAACCUGGAUUUAUAUCCCUCGGGAGAACGAUGUGGAUGGUAACUUGGUUAUUCUGUGUGUUUGGAUUACCGACAGUCAUUGCUCAGGAUAGUACAGCCACAGUUACAAUAGGUGUUUUAGAACGUGAUGUCUCAUUAGUACAAGAAGUGUUAGCCAAUCGCAGCAUAUCAAACAUAGAACUGGUGCCACUUAAAAUGCGUGCUAACGACCCAAAGGAGGAGUACACACGACUAACGCAAGUUCAUCAGACAUUACAUGAUCGAAAAGUCGCCAUCGUGGUUGGCCCUGCCGACGACUCCAUCGCCUUAGCAACAGCCAAUAGGAGAAUCCCAUACUUAGUGACGUCAAUAGAGAAUUGUGCGAACAACAACCAAUUUUGUCUACUCCCGUCCCCAGAUGAGGUUGCCCAGGCUAUUGUAGACAUGGUCAUGGACUUCAACGUGCCAAAUAUAGCAAUACUGUACAGUGACGAGAGUGGUGAAACUAUUAUUGCCAGUGCGAGAAAGCACAUAGAGGAUAUGGUGGCGCUCUCAGCCAAGCUUUACGGUUUAAACAAAGAUGGUGAAAAAACCGGUGGGGGGAAAGUGAAACAUAACAUCAUGUCCAAGCCGGCCGCGGAGGCCCGAUCCAUCACAAGCAGACAUUUGAACCCAAACCUCUCGGACCGGGACCUCAAACUCGUACUUAUGCAGCUCGCAUUUAGGCUGCAGAUAUCAAACUUCGUCACACUGACCGGCGCAAGACUUACGGGCAGGAUAUUAAAAAUGGCCCGUUACCUCACAGUACUUGGAGUACACUACCGGUGGAUAGUUCUUAACUUGGGAUCUGAGGACUUUGGCUUCGAUGUCUUCAAGAGCUUGAUAGCCAACUGUACCCAGAUUAACAUGGUUCAAGACACCCUGCGAGAGCCGACGAUGGGGCGGAAUGUCCUGGAGAUGAGAGACGCGGUGCAGGUGAUUGAGAACAUCCGGCAAGACGCCAGGUCAGGACCCGUUGAGACGUCGUUUAUCAGGAAGGAGCUCAGAGAGAGAAACUACACCGGUCUUACAGGCCACAUAAAGUUCAACCAAGACGGAAAGAGAGAAGAUUACGUGCUGUCUCUUGAAACCUUUCUCUUUCCAAAACGUGAUAAGGUUGGAGAGUGGAAAACGCAACGCGAGACAGUGUUUGACAGUCGGAUAAAAUGGCUGGAGGCCUCAACGCAGGACAGAGACCAACAGACACUACGGAUCACAAAGGCGAAAGUUGUGGUGAUCUUGGAGAGACCGUUCAUCAUGUUGAAGAAGGACGCAGACAAGUACGAGGGUAAUGAACGAUACGAAGGGUUCUCAAUUGACCUGAUAGAGGAAAUCAGUAAGAUGUUAAAGUUUCAGUAUACUAUCUACGAGGUGCCCGAUGGCAAGUUUGGAGCAAGGAAUUCCACUGGCGAGUGGAAUGGAAUCAUAAGGGAAUUAUUGAUAGGGAACGCUACCAUGUCCGUUGCCCCACUCAGUAUCAAUGCGGAACGAGAGCGGGCAGUAGACUUCACAAAGCCAUUCAAAACAAGGUGGAUUAACGUCCUUAUGAAGAAAACCAGGCCAGAGACUUCAUAUUUCCAAUUUCUCAACCCUCUGGACAGCAAAGUCUGGAUAUGUGUUCUUCUUGCAAUAGUCGUUUUUGCAUUAUUACUCUAUUUCUUUGAAACUGCUUCUAAGAAGCUUCGCGGUGACGCUGUGAUGUUUGACUUGAGUGAGAGUUUGUGGUUCUCGCUCGGGGCCAUCGCCCAGGGUAGCACGGAGACUACCCCAGUGACUGUCCCCGGGAGAAUCUUGACUAGCGCCUGGUGGUUCUUUUCUCUUAUCCUCAUCUCUUCUUAUACUGCCAACUUGGCCGCAUUUCUAACAGUCAGAAAAAUAAACGCGCCGAUAUCUUCCGUCUCGGAGUUAGUCUCUCAAAACAAAAUCCGCUACGGGACCGUGAAGGAUUCGGGUAUAACGAACUUUUUAAGACAUUCAAAAAUUGAAGUAUUCGCUAAAAUGUGGGCGCAAAUGGAGGAAUUCGAGCCAAACUCGAUGGUAAAUAACUCAAAGGAAGGCUAUGAGAAAGUUAAGGAGGGAAAUUAUGCUUUUCUUUGGGAUAGCACUGUGAAUAAAUACGAGGCUAACCAGGAUUGUACGUUGGUCGAGAUAAACCCAGCCUUUGAUAUGAAAGGCUUUGGGAUAGGUAUCCCUCCCGGGGCGCCCUACUUAGACGAUCUUACCAUGGCCAUCUUGAACCUCAGCGACACAGGAAAGUUGGCGGAAAUAGAAAACAGAUGGUGGGCCGUUUCCUCGUGUUCCGAUGAGGCUCCGCACCCCGAGGAGACGCCUGAACUAGAUCUCGAGAACGUAGCGGGAGUCUUCUUCGUCUUCGUCGGCGGCAUCAUGUUCUCCUUCCUUGGUUGGGGAGUGGAGCACAAAAUUAAAUACUUGAGAAAGCGGGUGAAGAAACAGCAAGAGAAAAAACGGGGACUGGCAGCUCACGCCGACACCAACUCGGACAAUAACUCAGAGAGCAAGGAACUCCGUCGCUUGAAUUAUAAUACCGAAUACGGCAAUUCCGAGUUCUACGCGGUUAACAUGGACGACGUCCCAAUGUAGGAAAAGGAAUACGGACUUAGAAAUCACUCAAGAUAUUCUUUGUUACAAUCAUGGUGCUCAAAUUGUAAAUAUUUCUUCAGAGACAAUGAGAAAAUCAAGUUGUACGAGUGUUUGAACCGUGCUAUGCAAUAUUCGAGCAACUGAUUUGUUUACUGAACCGACGCCACAUACAGGCGGUGGCGCUGUUUGGGUUGAGCGUCAUGUCAUAAUGUGGAUAAUCCACAUGGGCUUUAAACUCCCGUUAAGCGCAUCGUCAGCCGAUUUCAGGGUAGAAUGAACGCCACCAGUAAAUUGACUUCAUGUUGGAACCAAACGAGUGAAAAAACUAGAGACUGCUUAAAACGGGGCACACGACUAAUGCAUCAAGUUUCUCUAUAAAAUGGGUAAACAUUCUGUCUUAUCCUUUCUUGCGAGGUAAAGCUCGGUCUUACGUCCUCUCAACUUGUACAGGAUCGUGCAUUCAAUGCGUUUAAAAGCGGGAUUUCUAAUUCGUCGUACCUUUUUCGGCAGUCGAUCUAUUUCUGUCGACAGCUCAUUGGGAGACCUAGCCGGCUCACGAGAGCACGUUUUCAGUGCGUGCACCCUUCUUUGGUGGGUCUAUCGUGGGUGACAGUGUGAGGGGAACAUUUCACCUGAAUGAAGCUACAGCAUCAUAGCGGGCCACAUAAACAUUAGCUAGACAAUCUUCGGUUUGCUUAUGCUCAUCUCUAUACAGAGAGACUUUGUAUUCUCCAAGUCUUUUAACCAGUUUAGGGUCGGUUGAUAUUCCAACCCAUACCUCUAUACAGAGAGACUUUGUAUUCUCCAAGUCUUUUAACCAGUUUAGGGUCGGUUGAUAUUCCAACCCAUACAAACCACCAAUUCUCUGUGUUUUAGUAGGAAUUUCAGCUUUCGAUAUCUUUUACUGGCUGAUCUGGUCUAUGGCAAACCAGAAAGAAACAAGGUCACCGUUCAACCUGUGAGCAAAAUAGGGCGGAGUGAGCAAAAUCCUGCAUACUUUUCAAAAUAAAACGCCUCAAGUGGUACCGCCCCUUCCAGAAGCCGAAAACUAUAUAUUGUGCGAACAAGACUAUUUCUGCACUCGGCGGUCCUAUUGAUAUACAUGUUUGACUUACGUACAUAAAAAGUUUAAAAUAUGGUCCCCAUUUGAUAUUUGUUUCCCUUCCUUCUCAUUUAUAUAUCAAAAAGGUGUUGUUACAACUGGCAGGAUAUCCCAUGGAUGGUAUGUCUUCCAAUAUCCCGGGACGGUCUGCCGCCCGAACCUAAACGUUUAAUCAAGAUGUACAUACAUGUGUUUCUAAACAAAAGCAAUAAAAUUCGUGUGUGAAAUAAUACCACUUGGGCCAGGAGGCUCGGUCGACUGCGAAACGUUGUGGAGUCUUUCACGCAGAUAGGAAUAGUGUUUGUCCCGAUAUACUUCAAAUUAGGGACAACUUAUACAGGGCCCGGUUGUUCAAAAGCACAAAAGUCACGUCAUCCCUAACGGUUAAGUGACCUUAACGAUGAUAUCUCUUUCAGUUGAUUCCAUUGAAAUUUUAACGACGCCGUUUAAGUUAACGUUGUUUUGAACAACCUAGCUCUCGCUUGUACACAUUUCUGUUAAUGUUGUACACGCCCUCCGUCAUUGUACGUAAACGUUUUGUAGGCCCCUUUGUAGGAUAUCUUAAAAUACUCAAAAAUAAUUAUCGUAUUGAAAUGUCUUAUGAGUUAGAUGUCUUUCAGAUUACGGGUCGAACGGAACAGGUCCUAACAGUUUAUAUUACAACGACGAAAACGACUGAUCUAGCCACAAAUCUGUGCUGCGUUCUUGUACCAAUCAUGGCGAUUUGUUGUCAAUAUUUGCAAGAAUUAAUAAAGACUAGUCUACAAAUUCUUGAUAUUUGUCUGGUGAACAGAUUUUCCCUCACCAAACCGAGGGCGUUGCAGAUGCUGACCUUUGUUAUAGUAAUGUUUCGAAGUGAUAUUGUAAAGUAUAAAACAUGUAAGGUUUUGCCAAUAAAAUAU